GGAGUAAACACUUCCGGUGGAGAGCGGACUCGCAGACACGUGGUUUGUAAUGGAGCCUGUCUGAUGUUUAGAGCAGCGCUGCGGUUCACAGGACCGGGCUGGACACGAACUGUUACUCACUGUCUUCAUCCUGCUGGAAGUUGGCAUAGCCAUAAUCAGUCAACGAACAUCACAGGAUUCUACAGCAACCAAAAGACUUCUCCAGCUUUCCAGCAGUUUUCCUCCAGAGACAGCUUUGCACCAAUGGAGGACAAGGAGCCUUUGACAGAGCCCAUUCAUAUCGGAGAAAAGCGAACAUGCCCAGAAGAGGAUUCAGAGCCCAGUGCCAAGAGAGCCAGAGUUCAGGAUGAAGCUAACGGCAGCCAUGUCACUAAAACAAAAGAGGAAGAUGAAGAGCUGGAGGCGGAUGAGGAAGAGGAGCCUCUUGUGGGUGAAGAUGGAGAAGGAGAAAGCUUUGCUGAUAUGAUGAAGCAUGGCCUUAGCGAAGUGGAUGUGGGCAUUCAUAAAUUUGUCAGUGACCAUAAAGGAUUCUCAGGAAUUUUGAAAGAGAGAUAUUCUGACUUUGUGGUUCACGAGAUUAGCAAAGAGGGAAAGAUUGUGCGGCUAGAUGACCUCUCAGUCCCUGUGGAAACUGAGGAAGCCUCUGUAGAGGUUGAGCCAACAGAUUGUCAGGCUCUGACAGAAGAGCAGAAACAACAGCUUGCUGAUCUGCAGCUCUUCAAAAACAAAGAGGGAAAUGUAGCUAUUGAGGUGGAAAACGACUCCAAAGAGAAACGUACUCUGCUUCAUAAAGCAGUGAAGACGUUAUACCCAGGACUGGAGACUAAGACUGAGGAAAGGGAAGGCAAGAAGUUCAUAGUGGCCUACCAUGCAGCUGGGAAGAAAGCACUGGCAGAAGUUCGAACAGCUGCAGCCCCUAGAAAACACUCGUGGCCAAAGAACCGUGGCAGCUUCUGCCAUUUUGUGCUCUACAAGGAGAAUAAAGAUACUAUGGAUGCCAUCAAUGUUCUCUCCAGGUUUCUCAGAGUUCGACCCAAUGUCUUCUCCUACAUGGGCACUAAAGACAAGAGAGCCAUCACAGUGCAGGAGAUUGCUGUGCUGAAAAUCAGUGCAGAGAGAUUAUCUCACCUCAAUAAGUGCCUGAUGAACUUCAAACUGGGAAAUUUCAGCUAUAAAAAGCACCCUCUGAAGCUGGGGGAGCUGCAGGGGAACCAUUUCACUGUGGUACUGAGGAACGUCUCAUGCUCUGAUGAGCAGGUGGAGCAGGCCAUGAUGUCACUCAGGGAUACAGGCUUCAUUAACUACUAUGGCAUGCAGCGCUUUGGCACCACAGCUGUACCCACACACCAGGUCGGCAGGGCCAUCCUGCAGAAUAACUGGACUGAGGUGAUGGACCUCAUCUUAAAGCCACGUCCUGGGGCGGAGAAGGGCUAUCUGGUGAAGUGUAGAGAGGAAUGGGCCCAGACUCAGGAUCCUGAGGCAGCGCUGAAGAAACUGCCAGUCAAGCGCUGUGUAGAGGGCCAGCUACUGAGAGGACUGUCAAUGUACGGCAAAAAGAACAUCAUAACUGCCUUUGGACUGAUCCCCCGCAACAACAGACUCAUGUACAUCCAUAGCUACCAGAGCUUUGUGUGGAACACCAUGGUCAGCAGGAGAGUGGAGGCUUAUGGCCUUAAAGCUGUGGAAGGAGACUUGGUUCUCAGAGGAGGCACUGCCCAUGUACUGACUGCUGAGGAAGCUGAAAAGCAGUCCAUUCAUGAUGUUGUAAUGCCAUUGCCUGGAUUUGAUGUUAUCUACCCCACACACGAAGUGGGGAAGGGUUACAGAGACUUGCUGACAGUCGAUAAUCUGGACAUUGAUAACCUGAGGCAUAAAGUGCGUGAUUACUCUCUGGCUGGAGCCUACCGCCGCAUCCUCAUAAGGCCCAGCGACGUCAGCUGGGAAGUGAUCCAAUAUGAUGACCCUAAAGUGCCCCUGAUUUACACGGAUGUAGAAAAGCUGGAAAACAAAUCAUUACCGGUUUAUCUUAAAGAGGGCAAAUACAGAGCACUGAAGAUGGAAUUUUCACUGCCACCCUCUACCUAUGCUACCAUGGCAAUCAGAGAGGUUCUCAAAAUGGACACCAGCAUCAAGAACCAGACGCAGCUUAACACUGUAUGGCUGAACUGAGGACCAUUUGUGUUUUGGGUUCCCCCAGGCUUUUGUUUGGAGUAACUGUUUAAAAACUCCAACAGAAAAUAAGCACAGCAGCAGAGUUACAGCUUUGCUGUUCAGUAAUUGCUUUUUUCUUAUUUUGUUUUUUUUUUAGAAACUUCUCGGCCAUUUGGCCUAGAAAGGCAGUAGUGAUAAAUGUUAAGCUUAAUUGCCAUUUAAUACCCUGCACUUAGCAGGAUGGAUGCUGGGCAUACAAAGUGAAGCACCCUGUCCCUUGAUGAAAUAAAUGGAGAUCAUACAACA